AUGCUCGCCAUGAUAGACGGCACUGUGAUGGACAUCCAAAUUGUGAUGAAGUAUCUCAAAAUUUAUGUGGAAGAUCGGUUUACACCAACUGAGUUCGUCAUGUCAGGAUUCUCGCUUGGGGGCCACACCGCGUGGGAUGUUCUCGCCAAGGAGCGAGGAAUCAAAGCCGCCAUUGCCAUCGUGGGCUCCCCAAAUUUGACGGACUUGCUCGUCGAACGACUUUGUAGCACCGAAGAUGGCAAAGAUGUCACCGAUUUGGCAAGAUGGCCUGAAUCAAUUUCGGCGAUGUACAGAGCUCGAGACCAGAGUCUCGAGCAGAUUUAUGGCAAGCAUAUCUUGAUCUUGAAUGGUGCCCUUGAUAUAGUUGUUCCAAGCAAGUUCACUCUGCCCUGGGUUGAGAAAUACGGAAUGUGGAAUGAUGUUUUUCUGAAGACUUUCGAGAAUACGGGACAUUGGCUUUCACUAGAGAUGAUGGAUACCAUUGUCAAGUGGAUUUUGCAAAAGAUAAUCUAG